AUGCGAUUUCUCCAGUCCGAGUGGCAUAGACACGAGCGGGAUCGGAAUGCUUGGGAGAUCGAGCGAGCGGAGAUGAAAUCGAGGAUCGGCAAACUCGAAGGCGACGCUCGAACUAGCAAGCGCAUGCAUGAAUCCCUGGGAAAACACGUAAAAAUUCUUGAAAUCGCGCUCAAGAAAGAAAGAGAGAAGGUCAAAAAGCUCGCAGCUGGGGAGAAAGUCGACCUUGGGAAGGACCCUAAAGAACUGGCGAAAGAAAGCCUCAAGAUUCUCCAAACUCAAUUCCCGAAAACCUCCAAUGUCGGCCUUGAUGCGGAUGUUGAUCACGAAGAUCCAACCCAUUCGGCUAUGGAUCAUGACACUGAGCGUGAUAAAUCGCGAAAUUUCCUAGGAAAAUGCUCCCAAGAAAUUGCGUAUCAUGUCAUUCCUGGGUACCAUCCGCCUCUUGAUCUCCAUGAACCCCCUGAAAUGUUCCGGAGCAGGCACCACAUGCAACGACAGCCCCUUGAAGAAACAUAUGCUCAACCACAGCUCCAGCAGCAGGGACAAGGCCAUUCAGCGCAAAUGCAUCUAAAGCAGGCCCAGCCAAACCAUGUCAAUAUGGUUCGAGAACCCUCUCUACACCAGCAUAUCCUACCUAACUAUGCCGAGAACAACAACUACGCUGUUCCAGAUAAUUACGCUUCCUCGGGACCCCGUGAUAGCUUGGAAAAGCGAACAUACGAACAACAGCGCGUGUCUGGACCUCCUAUGGAUGGACGGAAAGGCAUGUUUGACGACAUACUCGGUUCUGAAGGAAGCCGCAGAGAUUCAGAGGGUCGCCUGUUUGAUCCGUAUAAUAAACACGCCGAUGAGCAGAUGGACCGUCGCGUUCUCACUUCCGAUGGCAUUGUUGUUGACGAAGCUGACGGAUGGAAUUUUGACGAGCCGCCCGCGAACGAAACGCCAUUAAUCUCCUCUCAACCUCACCGGCCGGAUCAAGAUGCAUUUCCUAAUGCGAACUUUGUGAGCCCCAAGUCCCCUCCGCGGGCUGGUCCCGGUUCGCAUCGCCGGAAGAGUUCCGGGUCUAGAAGGAGAAGCGAGGGAAGUAUCGACUUUAGAGAAGGAACCGGAGCGGAGCUGCAAAGACAAGAACCAUCAAAUUUCAAAGUCCGUUUUGCUCUGCGUGGCCAUCUCGAUGUAGUUCGGUCUGUGAUAUUCACUGGUGGCGGAAGCCCUUCAGAACCCGAACUCUGUACUUGCGGUGACGAUGGAACGAUCAAACGGUGGACACUCCCGGCUUCCUAUGGAGGUUUUGGUCCGGUUAACGCGGCAUCGGGCAACGAUCUUGAUAUUUCCAGUUAUUUCACCCAUAGAGGCCAUAAUGGUUCGGUUACUUCUCUCGCCGCGUGUCCAGCUUCCCGAGAUUUCUCGAAUGGUGGACGAGCUCUCGGGGAUGGCUGGGUAUUUUCCGGAGGCCAAGAUGGAACCGUCAGGGUUUGGGAACGUGGAAGAGUGGAUUCCAAAGCUAUAUUAGAUGGCCAUACUGAUGCAGUCUGGGCUUUAUGUGUGUUGCCAGGUACUUCCGGUUCAAUUCUCGGAGACCGCAGUAGUCUGUAUGGUGGGCCGGAUCGCAUACUAUUAGCUUCAGGUGCCGCAGACGGAAGGAUUCUGAUAUGGGCAGUCAGCGCUCCGCCACAACUGACUUCUCCACAAGCUGGUUCACGAAGGGCAGGUGGUAGCAGACGAGCAAACUCGAUAUCGUCAGGAUCGAACUUCCCAUCCUCACCGCAGCCAAGCACGGCUACGGCAACACCGUUCCACUACACCUUGAUUCACCAUAUCGCCCGAGCCGAUUUACCUUCCCCAACUUGUAUCAGUCCAUUGUCUUUAACAGGCGCAAAUUUUGUGGUUUCGUAUGCCGACGCCUCUGUUCUCGUUUAUGACACCAAAACAGGAGAGCAAAUCGUUGGCAUGGCAAGUUUGGAAACGUAUGACGGAACUCGCUCCACCGGAGUCAACUCUGUUGUUGCUAGCACCAUUGGUUUCGAUGGCACUGCUGGUCUGGACCCUAAUCGGGCACUCGCGGAGGAAGAAACAGUUGUACAUGGGGCCACAGGUACAAGCGGUGGCGUUGAAGGUGUCAUUAUCAGUGGCUAUGAGGACCGUUAUAUCCGGCUAUUCGAUGCCAAUAGCGGUACGUUAUCCAACCUGCUGCUUAUUGUUAUUGUCCAGCAAACUAAUGAAACUUGUUCAGGUCAAUGCACGUACACAAUGCUUGCACAUCCAGCGGCAAUUUCAUCAUUGUCCUUGUCACCUGAUGGAAGAGAGCUCGUUUCUGCAGGACACGAUGCAAGCCUUCGCUUCUGGUCUUUGGAAAAACGAAGCUGCACCCAAGAGAUUACAAGCCACAGACUCAUGCGAGGCGAGGGAGUUUGCUCCGUUAUAUGGAGUCGCGAUGGACGGUGGGUUGUUAGCGGAGGCGGGGACGGUGUGGUGAAGGUUUUUGCGAGGACCUGA